CCAGCGCAGUUGCUGAGUGGUGGAAGAUGUAAUUUGAGGAACUCAUUGGGAGCGAUCGGUCAGUAUUCAGUAGCAAAGUGAAGAACAAGUCCGAAGAUUAGCCUUUCUUCUCUACCAAUGCAUGGCCUUUGUCGACUCAUUGUUACUGAAAUGCAACUCUCUCUCCCACAUCAAACAACUCCAAGCCCAUCUCCUAGUUACCGGCCUCUUCCGAUUCUACCCCUGCCGCUCGAAGCUCCUCAACUUCUGCGCCACCUCCUCCGCCGGCAGCCUCCCUUACGCCGCCGCCGUCUUCCGCCGCAUCCCCUCCCCCGCCACCAACGACUGGAACGCCAUCCUCCGCGGCCUCGCCCAGUCCGACCAGCCAUCCGACGCCGUCCUUUGGUACAUCAACAUGUUGCGCGCUGCCCACAAGCCCGAUGCCUUGACUUGCUCGUUCACGCUCAAGGCCUGCGCCCGCGCUUUGGCUAGGUCGGAGGCGACCCAGAUUCACUCUCACGUUGUGCAUUUCGGAUUCGGAGCCGACUUCUUGUUGCAGACCACGCUACUGGAUGUCUACGCCAAGUCGGGUGAUUUGGAGAAUGCCCAUAACGUAUUCGACGGAAUGCGUGUAAGGGAUAUUGCGAGUUGGAACGCUUUGAUUGCGGGGCUGGCUCAGGGGAGCCGACCAAACGAAGCUUUGGAGCUCUUCAAGAGAUUAAGAUUAGAGGGUUUGAAGCCCAACGAAGUCACCGUUCUCGGUGUGCUCUCAGCGUGCUCGCAAUUGGGUGCGAUCAGAGAAGGCGAGAAGAUAUGGGACUACAUUAGAGAUGAGAAUUUGGAUGCCAAUGUGCAGGUUUGCAAUGCGGCCAUUGACAUGUACGCAAAAUGUGGUUUUGUUGAGAAAGCAUAUUGGGUUUUCGACAACAUUAAGUGUAAGAAGAGUCUUGUGACUUGGAAUACACUGAUCAUGGCAUCAGCAAUGCACGGCGAUGGCUAUAGAGCGCUCGAGCUAUUUGAGCAAAUGCAUGAGGCAAACGUGUCACGAGACAGCGUGAGCUACCUUGCAGCCUUAUGUGCAUGCAACCAUGCAGGGCUAGUUGAAGAAGGGUUUAGAUUGUUCAAUUCAAUGGAGGGGUGUGGAAUAAGCCCCAAUGUGAAGCACUAUGGCUGUGUGGUUGAUUUGUUGGGUAGAGCUGGGCGGCUUGAAGAGGCUUUCCAACUUGUGGAUUCAAUGCCAAUGGUCCCUGACGUGGUGCUUUGGCAGACUCUACUAGGGGCUUGCAAAACAUAUGGGAACAUCAACAUGGCAGAGCGCGUGUCAAGGAUGCUCAUGGAGAUGGGUUCCAAUAGUUGUGGGAAUUUUGUGCUGCUGUCCAAUCUAUAUGCAGCGCACGAGAGGUGGGACGAUGUGAGGAGAGUGAGGGACGCCAUGAAUAGCAUUGAAGUGAAGAAGGUGCCCGGGUUUAGCUACACCGAAGUGGAUGGUGCGGUGCACAAGUUUGUCAAUGGCGAUCAGAGCCAUCCGAGUUGGCAGCACAUAUACAGGAAGCUUGAGGAGGUCAGGUUUCGGAUUGAGGCAUAUGGGUACGUUCCUGAGACCAACUAUGUGUUGCAUGAUAUAGGGCAGGAAGAGAAGGAGAAUGCUUUGUGUUACCACAGUGAAAAGUUGGCUGUGGCUUUUGGUUUGAUUAGUACCGGUGAGAGCUCUCCCAUUCAGGUGAUUAAGAAUCUUAGGAUCUGUGGGGAUUGCCAUGUGGUGAUUAAGCUCAUUUCAAAGAUUUAUGAUCGGGAGAUCAUUGUACGGGAUCGAGCUCGAUUUCACAGGUUUAAGGAGGGAUCCUGUUCAUGCAGAGAUUACUGGUGAAAUAAUAAUUGGUCUUUUUUUCUCCUAAUUUGUUUGUAACAUAGUUGAGUUAAUGUACCAGUAUUUCAUUCAACAAAAAUUGAUAUCAUGCUAGCUCAUUUUGUCUC